CUCCCCGCGCCCGGCCUUCUCAUCUUUUAUUUUUCCUUUUUUUUUUUUUUUUAAAUAUAUAUUUUUAUUAUUUUAUUUUUGCUUUGCCUCCUCUUCGGAAAUGGAUGGGAAAAUCCGGCAGAGCCGGAGGUCGAGGUCGCAGCGGGACCGCGUGCGGCGGCGGGAGGCGGCGGCCCGCGACCCCCGCAACCAGAGCCCCUCGUCGGGCUCCGAGAAGGAGCCGAGCCCCGGCAAGGAGAACGGCGGCCAGAACUGCACGGCCCCGCGCGGCCCCCCGCCCGCCGCCCGCACCGCGCGGCCCCCGCGCCGCCGCCGCCGCGAGUCCAGCUCCCAGGAAGAGGACCUGAUCGAUGGCUUUGCCAUAGCCAGCUUCAACACGCUGGAAGCGCUGGAGAAGGACAUGUCGCUAAAGCCUCAGGAGCGGAAAGAAAAAUGGGAGAGGCAUCCAGGCAAGAAACCUAGAGAAUCUGAAAACUGUGUGUCUGCUGAGCCGAGUGAAAAUGGCCACAAUAACGAUGCGGGGAGCUCAGAGAGAGAGGCAGAAAGAGGCAAAGAACGCGUGAAGAAGAAACUCCCGCUGAAGCUAACCAAGCAGAUGAAGGUCCCCACAAGCAGAAGUGGCAGAAAUAGCGAGGAGGACAGCAUCAGGGAGGCCACAAGCUCUCAGCGGAGCAGCUCCAGGGACCGCCUCAGUGAUAGUUCUGCUCAAUCGCUUUCAGGAAGAGGCUACUCCUGUGACAGCGAGAGUGAUGUUGACGAUAAGACUUCAACGGAACUGGAGCUGACUCGUAUCAGGAGUGCCUUGAUAACAAGCAAGGCUUCUGUAGGCUCUGAGAAGCUGUUCUCCCCUGCAGCAAAUAAAGGUCCCACCUUGAAUGACAAGCCAGAAGCGAAAGCAGCCAAUGUCCCAAAGGUGUCUGGGCUAGAGCGGAGCCGGGAGCUGAGCACCGACGUGCCCUUCACCCUGCCUAUCCCCAGCCCCCAGCCAGUGGCUGCCGUUGUGACUUCUACUUCCUCAGCGCCCACGUCGAGCGCCAGAGCGAGCCCGCUGUUGAAGAAGGAGCCCGUGAUUUCAGCACCAGCACCACCAAGGCUCACGCCACAGCCGCAGCCUCGGCCUCAGUCACAACCUCAACCUCGGCCGCAGUCGCAGCCUCAGCUGAUACCUGAGCUUCGGUCCCAGCCUCCGAGUCACAUCCCUCCGCCUCUCAACUACCAAGUGCAUCACCAGGUGGCCCACAACGGACUCAAUAAUAUCAGCCGGAGCAGCAGUGCUAGCAGUGCAACGAGCAUCAGCAUCCCGAAACACCUUCCUCUCUCUCCCCAGAUUCCUCCGCACCAUUCCUCCGGCCCAGCCCUGCCCCUCUCCAUCUCUAAUCUUGCUACCUCGCACUUCUCUCUCAGAUCGCAGACCCAGCACCAGCACCAUCCGGCCAUGUUCGCCACCCCACCCACGCUGCCACCUCCACCAGCGUUACCUACCAACAGCCUCGUGAUACCAGGUCACCCUGCAGAUCACGAACUGCUCAGGCAAGAGCUGAACAACCGGUUUUUGGUUCAGAGUUCGGACCGGGCCGCUGCCUCACUUGGCCCGGUGCCGCUGCUGAGAGCGGAGUUUCACCAGCACCAACACACGCAUCAGCACCAACACACCCACCAGCACACAUUCACUCCUUUUCCAUCCAGCUUGCCCCAGACGCCGCUCAUGCCGCCCUCUGCACCUCCCAUGGUGCGUACCCCAGCCCAAAAUUUUGACAAGUACGCUCCCAAAUUAGACAACCCUUACUUUCGACAUUCCAACUUCUUUCCAACCUAUCCUCCAGCAAUGCCUGGAAUGCCACCCAUGCUUCCACAUUCAGGUCCCUUUGGGUCACUUCAGGGAGCAUUUCAACCGAAGACUUCAAACCCUAUCGACGUGGCAGGUAGACCAGGCACAGUCCACCAUACGCUGCUGCAGAAGACUCCAGGGGUGUCAGACCCUUACAGGCCACCAGUAAGAGUAAGUAAGAAACCCGGGAAGUGGUGUGCAGUUCAUGUACAGAUCGCCUGGCAGAUCUACCAUCACCAGCAGAAGAUAAAGCAAAUGCAGCUGGAUCCCCACAAGCUCGAGAUAGGCGGUAAACUUGACCUGUUCAGCAGACCUCCAGCCCCUGGAGUGUUUCCAGGCUUCCAUUAUCCACAGGACCUUGCCAGGCCUCUGUUUUCUACCACAGGUGCAACGCAUCCAGCCACCACCCCCUUUGGUCCUUCACCUCAUCACAGCAGUUUCCUGCCUACUAACCACUUGGCAGGUAAGUAUCCAUUUAGCAGGUCAAGCACCUUCAGCGGCCUUGGGAACUUAGGCAGCAAUGCCUUUGGAGGAUUAGGCAGUCAUGCUCUGACUCACAACAACAUUUUUACUCACAAAGACGGCCCAAACCUGCAGAAUUUCAGUAAUCCCCAUGAGCCGUGGAACAGACUCCAUCGCACCCCGCCAUCCUUCCCAACGCCUCCGCAGUGGCCCAAGCCGAGCGACUCCGAGCGAAGCUCCUCGGUGACAAACCAUGACAGAGACAGGGAGCGGGAGCCCGAGAAGAGGGAUCUUUCUCUGAGUAAAGACGACAGAGACAAAGAGAGAGACCUCAUGGAUAAAAACAGACAUUCAAACAGAUCCUCACCGGCAUCAGCUCCAGUGACGCAUCAGAUCAGCAAUCUCAUCCGCAGCAACAGCCAAACCUCCAGCGAUCCCAUCAGGCAGGUGAGCCUUGCAGAAAGGGAAAGGUCCAAAGAGCCAGAGCGAGAGCACCCUGACCGGCUGAGAGAGCCGCCCAUAGCAGAACACAAGAUUAAAGAGAGCCGUUCCCCAGUGAAGGAAACUCCAAGCCAUGAUAAGAGACCCUCUGAGGACAACACAAAGCCAGUAAUCCAGUCUGUAUCCCCAUACAGCAAACCUGCACUAAGUGAGAGCUUGAAGCUUACCAAUCUAAUGAGCAAGGACAUGGAGAGAAAGACGGAGCUUCCCAGUGACCUGCAGAAGAUUAAGAAUGACAUCAAGGUCAAAGAGGAGAGGAAGGAAGACAGCGACGUGCUGGUGGUGGGCUCUGAGCCUUCACAGCACUCCCGAUCGGUGGAGCAUCCCCCGCCCCCUACUUUGCACGGGUUAUCAUUGCCUCCCUCCAUGGCCGCCUCCAUGCCCAUCUCCAUGGGCAGCGUGCACCAGAUGAACAACAUGAACGUGCUGGACCGCAGCAGGAUGAUGACCCCGCUCAUCGGCAUGAAUCCUCUGUCAGGAAGAGAGAGGCUGCCGCACCCCGGGUUUUCCUGGGACCCCAUGAGGGACCCGUUGCGAGAUGCCUACCACCGGAGCUUGGACCUGCACCGUCGGAUGGACUUCCAGCUCCGGACGGAUCCCAUCCACAGGUUCCCCACCACCUCCGGGUUUUAUGACCACGAGCGUUCUUACAGAGACAGGGAGCCGCACGACUACAACCACGAGAACCUUCUGGAAGCGCGCCGAGAGCAGGAGCGGUUGCGGCAAGUGGAGGAAAGGGAGCGCUUGCACUUACGGGAGGAACUUGAGCGUGCCAGAAUGCACCACUUGCACUCGUCCCCUAUCGAAAGCCACCUGGCACACGUGCCAUCCUUCAUGCCUCAUUUGAGCGGGAUGCAUUACCCCAGACUGAGUCCAUCCACCGCCAUGCACAACGGCAUUCUCAACAGGAACCCUCCGACCGCGGCGCUGAGCGCCCCGCCGCCCCUCGUGCCAGCGAGCAGCACCCGGCCUGCCUCCCCCCGCAGGACUACCCCGCUCACUAACUCAGAGUCCAGGGACUACUCCCCCUCUAGGAACCCCAAAGAAGUAGAGGCCCGAUAGUCCCCCGCACGGAACCUUGAACUCUCCUGUACAUAAAGCAGACGGGGAAAGGAAAAAAAAAAAACACAAAGAAAAAGGAAGGAGGAGAAGAAGAAGAAAAAAAAAAAAAAAAAAAAAAAAACAAAGGAAAAAAACAACAAACAGAAAAAAAAACCGACAACAAAGAAAAAAAACACAGAAAACCUUUUACAAAAUGCACUGCUGUAAACUUUUUGUUUUGUUUUUUUUUUUAAUGUAAAAUUUGUAGAAGUUAAGCACAUUUCCAUGAAUAAUGGGGUCGGGGCGCAGACUUUCCAACAAGAAGGUUGCUGAGAACGGGAAUUUAAUAUAUAGGUAUUGAUUUUUGGUUUCGUUUUUUGUUUCUGUGCUAAAAAAAAAAAAAAAAAAAAAAAAAAAAAAAAAAAAUACGAGUUAAAAAGAAGAAGUUUGUACAUUUUUUCCCAAAUGUGAGAAACAUUUUUAAUGGAUUUGUAUUUUUUUUAAUUUUGUGCUCUUUAUUCACUUAGGGGAAAAAAAAAAAAAAGAGAAAUUUGCUUUUGUUUUUAGUUAAAUUUGCAUUUUAAAGGCCUCAGAUCCUUAAGAAAAAAUACCCAGGGUUUCUUAAAAGUAUUAUUUAUGGAAAUACUGUAGUUUUACAGUCCACUGUGAGGUUCCCUUCUGAGGCCCGUCGAUCACUUACCUUGGUACUUUGGAACCGAAGUUACAGAUAUAUAUUAAAAUAUUAAUAAUAAUAAUAAUGUACAAAACUGUUUGUUUUUUGCCUUAUUAUAUUAUGCAGAAAUUUAAGAGGAAUUUUUUUUGACUUCUUGUUUUAAACAAAAGAAAAACAACAAAAAACAGAAAGCAAACUGUAAAUAUUCUGUUAAUAUAAAUGUACACCAAUAUUAAAUUCUUAACAUAGGUAGACUUUAUAAAAAUGGUUUCUAGAACCACUCUGGUUAUUUGUUAACAUGGUUACAACUCAUACUCUUGUCACAGUCAGAAAUUCACACUCAGAGCGCUACGUACGGCAUAUAUACUUCAACUAUGCAAGAACCUGGAGGCAGGUCGUAGUGGAUGCUGGGGGGAGGAAGGUUCAAAAACAAACAACCCAAAACCAACCAACUCGCAACGACGGAGACCGGUGGAAGCGGCACGUGAGCAGGAAGCGGCGGCUUGUGUUUCACAAAGGAAGAGACUGGAUUUUUGUACAAACACAAGGGACGGCUCGGCGAGGGGAGAGAGGCGCGCUCCUGGAAGGGCAUUCUGGUUUCCUACUCUUCAAGCUGGCACAAGCAGAUGGAACUGGCACAGUACCAUGCGGCAGACCCUUUCCUGAUUUUGUUUUUGUUUUUGUUCUUUCCUUUUUUGUUUUCUCUUUUUUUGUGUUGUGGGCAGGAUCGCUGGCAAGCAAGGACAAUUUUCCGUGGACCCCUUGUGCUAAUUGUGCAGUGUUCUUAUUGGAAUCUGUAUACAAGACAAAGUAGAAUUUUAGGAGUGCAAAAAAAAAAAAAAAAAAAAAAAGUCUAAUGGUUGAUUAAAAAAAAAAAGAAAUUCUGAUAUAUUAUCUAUAGUA